GAAGUAUACUUAGGAAAAUUACUAGAAAUUUCUAUACGACCUGCUGAAAGGGAAAAGGAUAUGAACUUACAGCACUAAAAAGUCACCGGGUGGACAUUUAAGUUUGGAAUACUACAGGCUUUGAUAACUGUGGGAUAGAUUCCAAGAAAGUCAAGAUACGACCAUGAGGGCCUAGAAAAAGCAGUGCAAUGUUGAAAACAACCAUUGAAGAGUGUGUGGCUGGAAGUAAAAACAGUAGCAGCCAUGCCCUGAUACCACAAUUUUCUCUAAUAGCAGUUAAAAAUCUCUCCCAGCCACCCCUGGUAGACCACUAAUGGAUUUUUCCUGAAAACACAGUUAUAGCUUACUACCCCAUGACAUUCAAACCUUGUGAAAUUUCUGCAUUUAAAGAAAGGAAGGUAUUUGCUGUUCAGGCUUCCAGUACAAUAUUGAGCAAUGGAUGAAGAUUACUAUAAAAUUUUGGGUGUUUCAAAGGAUGCAGAUGAAAAAGAAAUAAAAAAAGCUUACAGAAAGCUGGCAUUGAAAUGGCAUCCAGACAAAAACCCUGAUAAUGUCAAGGAAGCUGAGGAAAAGUUCAAAUCAAUUUCCGAAGCAUAUGACAUUUUAUCAGAUCAGGAAAAAAGAGCUGUGUAUGACAGAUAUGGCAAAGAUGGACUAAAAGCCGGUGGUGGUGGUGGUGGUGGCCCUAGUGCUGCAGAUUUUGGUGGUUUUCAUCACUUUACCUUUCGCAGUGCAGAUGACAUAUUCAAGGAUUUCUUCUCUCACGACCCGUUUGGUGAUGACAUCUUCCGAGAAUUUUUUGGAGGCCCUCUGCAUCGUGGUGCUAAAAGAUCUAAUGGCGAUGGAGGUGGCAGACGAACCCAGAGAGGUGGAAUGGAUAGUUUCUUUUCGCAACCAUUUGGUUUUAGCAGCUCGUUUGGCUUUUCAGAUGGAUUUGCUGAUGGGUUUGCAAACAGCAGUUUUAGUUCGUUUGGCUCUGGGUUUGGUGGUGGCUCAAUGAGAUCAACCUCUGUCUCAACAAAAACAGUCAAUGGGAGGACCGUAGAGACAAAAAAAGUUAAAGAGAAUGGAAAGGAGACGGUGGAGGUACGAGAAAACGGGAAGCUUAUCUCACGAACUGUUGACGGUGUUCCGCAGCUAACAAAUGAAGAGAGUGAGAAAAAGCGGUUAAGGCACAAGUAGGACUGGGCAGUUGUAUUCAUUCUGUAAAUAACUCUAGUUAAUCAUAAGAUGUUGUAGAGUAUUACUUAGAUUGAGAGUAUAGUUACAGGCUAAUAAAUGCAAAAUAAUGUGUUCUGGAUUCUUGUAUUGUUUUAAUCAAAUAUAGAAUUAACAAGCUUAGAAAGUUAAUUUGAUUAUUUUCGUUUAGCUUGUCGGGCAAAAAGUGCACAUGUUGUUUAUAGAGCCCAAAAUGUAGAUUUUAAAGGUGGUUAGCCUUCUUGUUCACCUUGUUUAUUUCAAGUCAGCUGAAACCUCAUAAUCGAAACUGUUAUAUAUUGUGCUAUUGCGCGAUUUUAAUUUCCCCCUGGUAAUUACGGUAUCAACUGAUUACUAUAUAUCUUUCAGUUUUUGCCUAUAAAGGAUUUUACUUUCCUACGUCCUGCUCAUCUUCCAUCCCGCAGGGCAAUAUUCUGUUGUAUGGGUUGUAAAGCCAACUAGCACAGUGCUAGCAGUCAAUCGAUAAUACCCUUGUCUUUUGAAGAUGUAUCGAGGGCUUAUCUUUACUGAAAAAAUUCUCGUUAUUAUUGGCAACCACUUAUAUGAUGUGUCGAUAAUAUCCAUAAUGUGUAAUCUAAAAGGAAAGUAAAAUUAUCUCCAAUGAAAGUUUCAGCUUGAACUCAGCACAUGUAUAUCUUAUUAACUUAUUGAUUCAUUUUACUUUGUGUUUUGUUAGCUACAUGUGAUUUUUAUUUUGGCAAAAGUUUAUAUUUAUGUCCUAUUGCCAUAUGCCGUCAAGACAACAUGCUAAUGGCCACAUAUUGUUCUCUUGUGUUGUCUAAAGACCAUAGCCUUGAAAAGUAAUCCAUUAACCUUUCUGUAGCAUUUCAGAAAUCCCAACAAGUUUUUACAAUAUUCUUUUGCACCGAUAUAUUUUACAUUUCGAAUGCUUAAUGUAAUGAUUCAAAUAGGUUUUGGUUCUUUUGCUACUCAAACUGCCCGUUUAAUAGCUAUAUGUCUCCAUUAGUUCACUGCAAAAUGCUUUUGGAAAUAGGCCCUCAAAUUCUUAGUCCAAUUGAUAUGUUUUAAAUGCCAAAUGCUAUUGGGACAAAUCACCAGUACAUUUUAGCGGUAUACCGUUUGCCAUAUCUACGUUGGUUUUGUCCGGUGUGUAUCGAUAAAGUCUUUCGUGCAAUAGCUUGUCGUUUUUAAGUAUAAAUAUAGUCGUUGUUAGAAUGCAGUCCUUUGCAGUUAAAAGUAAGGAUUUUCCUUCCACUUGUUCGUUGCAUUUAGAUCAAAUUUCUCGUAUUAUCACGAAUAGAUUGUCGCAAAGCUUCUGGCUGAAAAAUAAAAGCUGUGCAAUGCAUCAAAUGUCAGUUGAA